UCGUUAGAAAAGUAAACACAACCCUGACACAACCAAACAGAAAAGUUUUAGAAGAAAAUAUUAGUACAACCGUUGGUAAAUAACUCGCUAUUUUGGUAUCACAUCGUUAUUAAGAGUCUUCAUGAAUUUAAAUCGUAUUCGCAUCUAUGAAGUGUGGUCUUUAUGUGAUUCAUUGUGUAGUAUUUAAAACCGAAACGAUUCAAUAUUACAACACGUUUUAAUUCGCGUGCAAAUGCAAUCAAGUAUGUAAAUGUGGCUUCAAUCAUUCAAGUGACCUUUGCCUGGUGUCUCGAAGGAACUUCCAAAGAGUUGACGUUAAUAGUUUUCGUGACUAGCUUCGCUGAUUUGUGAGAAUUAUUAAACAAAAUGUCGACGAGGCAGAUUUUAAGGAACAUUAGUGAUUCAUUCAGACGUGGACCUGGUUCAACUAGAAAACCAAAACAAGGACGUGUCGUGGAUAAUGAUGAAAGCAGAAGUCCAAGUGGUUCACAAUUAGAGGAGGCAGAACAACAAAGAAUAAUGAUUGGAAACCUUGUCAAGGCUGGAAGGCUUUCAGUCGAGGAGGCGAUGUCGUUCGCUGAGUCCACAGGUCUAACCUCGAGUGUGAAGGAUCAAGAAGCAGAGAUGACAUACAAUUUUGGAGUGUACAAACACACUAAAGACAGGUCUCGUACUGAGCGAUACAUCCUACAGUUUGAUUUUAACGAGCAAGCUUUAUCAACCAUUCAGAAGGGAAAAUUCGAUAGGAAAAUUCCGUUUGAAGAAAUCCGUGAUUAUGACAGCGAGGAUGACCUCAGAUUCUUCAUUUACUAUGACGAUGGUGAUGUUGAAUACGAUGCUGACUCAGCAGAGGAGAAGAUUAAGAUCUGCAGUCUUCUUGAUGGGAUCGUUUCAGACAACAAAAACACGACGGCGUCUGGUCGACUCAGUUCAUUGCCCAGAGCCAGGGCCGCAACUACUCUAUCUAUAAGAAGGGCGAUCAAGGAAGGACAGAUUGAGAAACGAGGACACAGUGCAGCCUUUUUAACGUGGUCCAAGCGAUUCUUGAGGAUCAGAGAAGGUGAAUUAGCGUAUUACAAAGUUGGUGAGGAGAAUAUGACCGCGCUGAAUAUCAUUAAACUUGGUCCAGGUCAUGCCUUUAUCAAGAAGUCAGAGCACAACGUGUUUAUUGUAUCAACACAAAAAAAGGAAUACAGUUUUCGGAUUAUAAACACAAACAAUUCGAAAGAUGUAACGGCUAUCAGGCAGGAAAGAGAUGAGUGGUUUACGGCCCUCUCAGAAGCUCUGCAGCCGUCUAAUCCUUUUGUCUCAGAGAUACCUCUAGUGACAUCUCCAACACUUCCAAAACAAGAUUUGCUCAACACAGCUUUGGAGCAACAGGAAUUUGUUCGACGCACUGUGGAGAGUCUGCAAAAGGAAUUGGAGCAAUUAAUGUCGAUCAUGAUCGUGGUAGAGGCUCCAAUUCAAGCGACAGAACAGAUGAGAAAAGUGGGAGAAAUUGUGAAAACGUUGGACACACAGAUUAAAACUGGACUUCUGGCGUGGACAAUGAAAUCAAUAGUUUCUAUGAAUUGCUCUCCCGGGAGUUCCACUGAUUCCACGACACAGAGAAGACAUGGAAACUCGUUAAACGCAAUACCCGAGCAAAACGGAGGUAUUGUCGACGUCAGCGGUGGUUAUGGUAACGCAAAUGACGACAUGGCUGCGCCCGUGACUGGUGGCAUCGGGUCGAUAAAGACUGGGAACAAUGGGAAUGCGACUCCUCAAGGAAGCGAUGUCAAACCAUCCAAUCAUGUUGUUUCAAAUCACACAAUCACUGAAGAUGAACGAUCUCCUGGAAAACCUGUUACAACUAACGGAACAUUAACACCCACAACACAGAAUUCUGUUUCCCCACCGCACUCCCCAAGGGCUGUAGAUCCUCCUCCCAUGGGUACCCCCGCUUCCCUGUCUCAACCUGAUUUUGUUGUCCCGCCACCUCCAUCCCCUGGUAUAGGCAUACCACCCCCGCCUCCACCAGGAGGGGGUGUACCUCCACCUCCUCCGUUUGGUGCAGGCCCAGCCUCGAUGCUCCCCCCUAAACCUUUGGUAAAACCUAACGUGAAAGUUCGACCCUUCUUCUGGUCCAAAGUUCCAAGUAACCUGCUCAUGUCAUCGAUGUGGGUCAAAGCUCAAGACAGAAUGAAUGAGUUGGAUUUGAAAAUGAUUGAAGAUUUGUUUCAGAUUGAAGAGAAAGCAAAUGCACCUGAUUUGUCUCAAGUUGCGAAGAAAAAUGCUUCUAAGAGUUUGUUGGAUAAUAAAAGGGCGCAAAAUUUAGGCAUUUUCUUGAGUGGAUUUAAAUUAACUGCGGAAGAUGUUGACAGGCGUUUGAAUUUCAUUGACGAGAGUGAUGGUGGACUUCCUCUAGAGAUCGUCAUCUCUCUCAAAAGGUUCCAGCCAAGCACCGAAGAAGCAGAAAUGUACAAAAAUUACAAAGGAACGAGGGAAGAUCUUUUAAAAACAGACCUUUUUAUGAUGAAGCUCUGUGAAAUUCGUGACCUGAAUGCUCGCUUGGAUCUAUUGUUGUUUAUCCUCGAGUUUCCACUUCAGUAUGAAGAACUUUCCCCGACAGUGUCAUCGGUGCUUCAGACGUGUACGGAUAUUAUUCAUAGUAAGAAAUUUCAGACCGUCUUGGAGUAUGUUCUGGCUAUUGGAAAUUAUCUCAAUGGAGGAACCAGUAGAGGAUCCGCUCACGGCUUUCAAAUUUCAUCACUUCCUAAGCUUAUUGACACCCGAGGCUCUCAAAAGAAUUACACCUUGUUAAAUCUUUUGGUGGACAUGUUGAAAAUUCAGGAGGAGGAAACACUAUCUUUAGGACACGAUUUCCCGUCUAUGAAGUUUGCUGUUGAUGCAUCCGUGAAGGGUCUGACAGCAGAGGUUGAAGUAUUGUGGAAAGGUUUGGCAAAGAUUAAAAAGUUAAACAUUGAUCUUCAGAUGAAACGAAAGACCUUAGACGAAGCAGGUGGUAGAUUUCACGAAGAUAUUAACACAUUUGUAAGUGAAUAUGAGCUUAAAUUGUUGGACUUAAACAGUCGCUGUGACAACAUGAAGGAAAGCUUUACAAAAAUGUUGACGUUGCUGGGUGAACCGUCGGGGAAAAAUUCUGAAGAAGUAUUUGGAAAUUUGAAUAAAUUUUUGACGAGCUUUUCAUCCGUUAUCCAAGACCAAUCGAAAGGCAAGGGUAAAAACAACAACAAUGUUGCUUCCCCUAUAAGGGAAGGUCGAAAAUGUAUCAAGACCCCGAGUAAAGAACAACUAAAUAUGAAUCAGAUGAUGGGAGAGUUAAAAGAAAAACAAGUCAAAUUAGACCAAAUAGAGGGAAAGGAUGUAACAAAGAAACAAGCUUCGUUGAAACGUAGUGUAUCUCCCAGCGCGGAAACAGCAAAAUCAAGCACGAUGACAAAAUCAAAAUCGAGAUCCGGCUCUUUAAAAUCACCUUCAAAACCAACUCGACAAGGAACUCUACAGAAACUCAGUGGCGGGAAACACAAACAGCCCAAAUGGGAUUUCCGCCAUUUUGAGUUGGACCCCUCUGGUUAUUUACACUACUUUAGAAAAGCAGAAGGCAAAGUUAUUGACUCAAUUUACUUACGGGGGGCUCCAGUUAGCAUUAGCGAAGAUGAUAAAUGUAUGGUUCAAAUUGUGACGGCAGAAAGAACAUAUUUUUUAAAAACCGAAUCCGAAGAGGAAGCCAUUUCGUGGAAGAACGAUCUCGCAAAGUACACGUAAUAGGCUCAGUGUAUCGCAUAUAUAGAUUUGGUAGAAGAUUAUUUUAUUAGAUUUUAAGAAUUAUGUACAUAUGUGUGAUUUUUAACGUAUC